AAUUGAUUUAGUCCAGCCAACAUCAACAUGGAAACAUGACGCUUCUUUGAUUUUAAAACUUGAAGAAAUUAUUACAGUCAUAGAUGUAGGCUAGAUGAUGUGAUUCCAGAAGCAUAACCCUCAAUAUAUUUGUUUAUUUGAAGAUGCUUAUCAAGAAUAAUGUUUGAUUGAAGUAUUAAUUAUUAUACAUAAACAAAACAAUACAUGUAUACCUAACAAAGCUAGUGAUAUUAUUGUUUGCGAAGAAGACAUUUUUUUUUUGUUUGAGUGAUUUAAGUUUAUUGAAAUUAUGCAAUCUAACAGGAAUAAACCUCGUCCAUUAGGGAUAAUGAGACAAAGUUUAACCGGACUUGAUAAAACACCACAUUUACCUCGUCUUUCAACUGAUACACUGUUUCAUGAUUCUAAAUUGGACAGAAAUUAUCGUGGAAUACAGGGAAAUGCAAUGUCAGUGCCACCAACUUAUAUUAAAGACAUUUCUCAAACACCAAACAGAGAUUACUCUGACGAAAGACGGAAAAGUUCAUCAAAAUCAACGCAAUCAGAAUUGAGCAAGUCACCUGACCCUUUAACAAAAAGAGAGUUACGAGAUGCAUUAAAUCGUGAAAAAGACUUAAAACAACAAGUGACUGAUUUAUUAAAAAUUAUUGAAGAACUUCGAGCUGAAAUAGCAACUAAAGAUACAACAAUAUCAGAGUUACAAGACACUCUUCAAAAACAGGAGAGCCAGUUUAAAAGUAAUUUAGCUCAAGAAGUUGAAAGACAUCAAGAAACUAAAUCCAAACUAGAAACUGCAAACCAAAAUAAUAAAGAACUUCAUUUAGAAAUAGAAAAAUUAAAAUCAGAAAAUGAAUACCUUCUAGAAAAAAUAAAGAAAGAGUAUGAAAAAAACCUGACAUCAGUAAUAGAAGAAAAAGAGAAAGAAAUAAAGAUAAGAGAUGAUAAACUAGUUAAAUUAAAACAACACAUGGCCGAUGCCCUGAAAGGAAACUCAUGGGAGAGACAACAGCAAUUAGAAGAAUUAACUAAAGAAUUGGCUAAAAUACAAGAUGAAGCAGAUAUGUUGAGAAUGAAGAUCAAAUCUGUCACUAAAACUAAACAGGGUCCAUGCCACAUAUGUGUAGAGAGUGCAAAUAAAUUACAGAGGGCAUUACAAGCGAUAAAAGAAAGAGACCAAACGAUCAAAGAACUAAAAGGUUUAGCAAUAAAAUUUGAGACUCAGCUUUCACAGCAAGAUCAACUUCUCAAAAUGUGGGCUGAUGAAAAAGGGCAUAAGGUCAAGUUGCCUAAAUGAAACAUAAAGCAUUUAGACAAUUUUGGUCAAAUACAUGACAGCAUUAUCCUCAUAUGACCCAGGUUUUCUAUUAACAAAAUUUGGACAGUUAAUUGUAGGUGAUUAUUUCAAUAAAAUAGCAAUUAAAUAAUAGCCUGAAAAUAGCGCUUCCUAAAAUAUUAUGGGUUUCUAAUUCUACAGGGUAAUAUUUGUAUCUAUUUGGUUCCAAAAAUUAUUUAUCUUUAUACUGAUUUUGCUACAUGUUUACCAGAUUGGUCACAUUAUAUAUCUUGUUAAUGAUAUGUGUGUUCUACUUUAAAUUCCAUUUGAGCAUAUUUAAGUUGGGAAUUUUUCUUUUAGCCUUGAUUAUAUAGAUGUAUAUAAUUUAAAGAUUAAUGAAUUAAAAAAAAAAAAAAGAUUGUCAUUUAUCUGAUUACUUAAUUAUUGUUAUUUUUGUAUGAAAAAUGGUUUGAAAAAGACUUAACAUUAAAUAUAACUAGGGCUGUGCCGAUAUACCAAUAUGUAUAGAUACGUUUGAUCAAUAUUUAUAUCAAUAUGAGAAUUGCAAGAUUACCUAUCUUAUCACUGUAUCAUUGAAGCAUGUAUUUUUUACAGAAAGACAAUGAAACCACAUUCAGUUUUGAUAAGAGGGAUGUAAUAGGGCUAUUGUCUUGGUGCCAUAACAGACAUUUUUAGCUAUAGUAGACAAUAAAAAAUAGGCUUAAAAACAAGGUAUGAUUGAAAAUUCAAGAAAGCUUGUAAAUAAUUUGGACAGUAUCGGCACAGCCCUAAUAAUAACUUCAGACCAUAAUUCAAUAUCAAUAUUUUGAUUUAGCAAUUUUUAUUUCCUUGCAGGGGCGAAUGUCCCUUUCUAGAGACUAAAUUAUCUCCCUUUUAUAAAGAUAUCAAUACUUUCAAUUAAAUUCUUGUCUUGUAUGUUCAUGUACUUCACUCAAUAUAUACUGGUACUAAAGAGAAUAAAGUUACCAGUGAUGUUUGUUUUAGGGCCCCUUUCUGAAAACUAAAUUAUCUCCCUCUAAGGAGAACUAUGCCCAUGACAAAUAUUUAAUGACAUACCUUGAAUAUUUUCUUGAAUGAAAUUGAUUAUGUAAAUCAGGGUACAUUUUGUUAAUGUUUGUUAUAUUAUUUUUAAAUGAAACGUUUUUUAAAAUAUUGUUAAUGAGGUAUUAUUCUAGAAACAGUAUUAUAGUUAUUUUUUUUAAUUCAUAUUCAUUCUUCAUUUUCCUUUGUGAUCAACAGAAUAAAAAAAAUAAUUUCAA